UUUCUUUGAGGGGCUGUGAUUCGAUACGGUAACCACCAUGCCGAGUCACAAGAGCAACCGUAGUGGCCAGAUCGACACUCACCGGAAGAAUAGGUUGUCCAAUAAAUCCUCAUCGUUCCACAGCCACAACGCCAUGACUCAAGCCGCCGCCGAACUCCGCCGCCCGAGGACCUUGCCGGACCUAAUUUCAUACCGGAACGCUGCUGUGGUGUCACCGGAGGUUACGCCGCGUCAACCGCCGAAGAUUCUCCUCAAGGUGACGUUGCUAGGGAGCGUGGCGCCGGUUCAGCUCCUUAUGAGGCCGGAAUCCACCGUCGGCGAUCUGAUAUCCGCUGCUGUCCGCCAGUUCGUGAAGGAAGGCCGCCGUCCGGUCCUGCCGACCGAUGAACCAUCCGGCUUCGACCUUCAUUACUCUCAGUUUAGCUUAGAAAGUUUGAAUAGGGAGGGCAAGCUGAUAGAACUUGGAUCUAGGAGCUUCUUUUUGUGUCCGAGAAAGGUGACUCACGGUGGCGCUGCCGUGGAAGGAGGUGUGACGAAGACGUAUGCGUCGUGCGCCGAGGAGGCCGGAAAAGUGAGGGAGGUUAACGGUGGUGGUGCCUUUGGUUGGUUCAAGCUCAUGCAUUUCAUGCUGUGAUAGACGAUAUGUAUAUGAUCCUAUCCGCAUGAAGACAUGGAAACAAAAUUAUAUAUCUAUAUAUGAAUAUAUUCUUGGUUAGUUGCCGUUCGGAUACUUUAUUGUUUUGAAAAUUGAUCAAUCCACUACUUUUUUUUUUAUUUCAAGAAUGAAUGGCAGGUUAAAAGUAUUAUUAGUUGCAUUUACAAAUGUAUAUAGGUCGUUAUUGAGUGAGUAGAGAGUUUGAGCUUAGGUCCUGACUAUGCCAAUCCAAAAUAGAAAAAAUGUAUUAGUCUUGGCACGUUUGCAUAUGUGAUUAUUUUCGGGUAUAUCUCAUAUACGCAAAUUGUAAAGCAAAUGUGACCAGAUGGAAUAGUUAGUAUGAUAUAUAUUUUAUUGUAAUA